AUGACCUCUAUCAAAGAGAAGCCACGAUAUUUAAGUCGUUAAAAAAUUCAUGAAAUAUUAACAAAUCAGGUUCAAACAUUGCCUAUACAGCAUUGUAGAUAAAAUUCAGAUAACAUCAAGUUAUUGAAAAUAACCGAACAAGACUAAAGAACUCCUUUAAUGUCUACAAGGAAAACUAUUGAUUAAAAUGUCACAAGCAAAAAUCUCACAAAAUUAAAACUAUGUCAUCAUAAACAAGGAUCUCUGGAUUUUGAACCUUUUUAAUUAAAUAAUGGCACUAAAUUUGGCAAAUUUACUUAAAUUAAAAGUGCAAGAUCUAAGAAGAUUAAUCAUUUUGAUUUAAGCAAACAAAUUAAUAACAUUAAUAAUUGCUAACUAGAAAAUAAAAAUUAAAACAUCAAAACUUAAUCCUAAUUUAAGAAUGAAUAGAUAUAUGAUGAAAACAUUUUAGAUUUAUUGCUCUUAAAUACAAUGGAAUUAAAAGAAAUGCUAUCAGUAAAUAAUGAACCAGCUAAAAAAACUCAGAGGAUUAAACCAAAAAUCACAUUUAUUACAAAUACUAAAGGAUUGCCUCAUGAUUUCUUUUUCCAAUAAUGA